CCCGGAGCGAGCUAAAAAAAUCCAACUUCGCUGACCAAGUUCUCGCAUCCGUGAUGGGGAUGGUCGCUCCAUGGGCAGCGUCAAGUGGGAACGAGACGGCCGCUGCCGAGGCCAACCGCCGCGCCUUCGCGGCCACAGGCCUCUUCUACGUGUGUGUCUUUGUGCUGAGCGCCGUCCAGCUUGUGCGCAACUGCAGAAGCUACGCUGCGUGGACGCAGCAAAAGGUGGCACAUGCGAUCCUCGUGCUCUUGGCCUUGACCCGCGCCGUCUUCCUCCUUGCCGUGGGCGUGAACGAUUGGUGCCACGUCGCUGGCACGGGCGUGCUAUCGCCGGCGUGCGAAGCCAACGGUAUCGAGCGCCAGCUCUUUUACGCCGCGGAUGAGCUGCCCAACCUGCUCUUCUUCUCGCUCUACCUCCUCAUGGGCCUCUUUUGGGCCGAAGUGUACUACAAUGCGACGGAUCAAGUCGACUUUUUCAGCUACGUCGUCAAGCCCACGGCCAUGACGCUUCACGUGUGCGCGUACAUCCUCCAGAUUGCGCUCUGGGUGCUCUACGCCGACCCGUGGCGAUCCGAAGAUCACUACAUUGGCCGUGGCUACGCAGCGUACACGACCACCAUGUUUAGCAUCGUCACGCUGGCGUUCCUCGUCUACGGGCGCCUCGCCUACGUCGAGCUUCGGUCGGUGCCGGUGGAUCUAGGCGUGCGCUCCAAGAAGCUCAAGGAGGUGACGCGCAUGACCGUCGUCUGCACAACGUGCUUUACGAGCCGGUCGCUUCUCGUCAUCUACCUCGCGCAAGACCACGUGCAGCUCGGCACACACCUCUCGUGGGGCGUCAUUCUCCUCUUCUACGCGCUCCUCGAGCUCCUCCCGAUCGGCGCCAUCCUUCAUUUCCACCGUCGGUUUCCUCGGCGUGCGACGACAACAACAGCCGAGAACAAGGUCUUGUAUCGGUUCUUGCCCGACGACGAUGUCUACGGUCUGGACGACGGCGGUAUCGUAGCCUGCGAGGCGCCGCUUCUAGCCGACACGGACGACUCGGAUGACAGCAGCGGCAACAUUUAACAAAACAUACGAGUGCUAAAUCGGCGUGUAGUCGCG